AUGACUCGCGCAGCCAAGGCUUACCAUCAGACGCUCCCGCACCUCACAAAGGACAACUGGCGCGAGCACGCUGCCGCAAAGCGCGAGCAGCGCGACGGCUUGAUUCCGACGGAAUGGAGGCUGUCUCCUGACGUCCUCGCUGCCGCCGGGGACAACGUGACGGGCGUGCCGGCUACUUGUGGGAUCUUAUCGGCGAAGGAGCUCGAGAUCACCGAGCUGGACGAGGUUGAGGAGCUCGCCAAACGCAUCGCCGACAAGACGUACACUGCUGUCGAAGUCGCUACCGCCUUCAGCAAGCGCGCCGCAGUCGCUCAGCAGCUCACGAACUGCUUGACCGAGAUCUUCUUCAACGAGGCUCUCGAACGGGCGAAGGAGCUUGAUGCAAUCCUCGAGAAGACGGGCAAGACCAUUGGUCCUUUGCAUGGGGUCCCGGUCUCGCUCAAGGACCAGUUCGACAUCGCCGGAACCGAGUUGACCAUGGGCUACGUCUCGUACCUCGGCCGCAUCUCGCCGCGGGAUAGUGCGAUCGUCGCGCUCCUCCGCGACGCGGGCGCCGUCUUCUACUGCAGGACGAACGUGCCUCAAACGCUCAUGAUCGGCGACACGAACAACCACCUCUUCGGCCGCACUCACAACCCGCACCACCGCAAGCUCAGUCCCGGCGGCAGCAGCGGCGGCGAAGGCGCCCUCAUCGCUAUGAAGGGAUCCAUCAUUGGCGUCGGCACCGACAUUGGAGGAUCCGUACGCAUCCCGUCGGCAAUGUGCGGUCUUCACACCAUCCGACCGACAACCCGUCGCGUUCCGUACGGCCACGCAACGAACAGUCUGCUGGGCCAAGAGUCCGUGCUCUCCGUCGCAGGACCGAUGGCUCGCUCGCUUUCGAGUUGUACCUACUUCCUCCGCUCGCUCUUCAACCUCAACCCGUCGAACUACGACGCGACUUCCCUCCCCUUCGCCUUCAACGACGCAGCCUAUGCCGCUAGCCAGAAGCGCGGCAAGCUCGCCUUCGGCAUCAUCCGCACCGACCACAACGUCACGCCGACCCCGCCUAUCAAGCGCGCGCUCGAAACGGCCGCCAAGAAGCUUGUUGACGCAGGCCACGAGGUCAUCGAAUUCGACUCGACGCUCAUCAAGGAUGCGUUCGAGCUUUCGAACGACUUCUUCGCCGCUGAUGGCGGCGAGGACUUCAAGCGCACGCUCGGCACGAUCGAAGAGCCGCUCAUUCCCGGUCUCUCGCCUACUCCCGAAGGCUUGAAGACGGUCUGGGAACUUUGGCAGCUCAACCGGGCCAAGGAGGAGAUGCAGCAGGCUUUCCUCGCGCAAUGGCUUGCGACGGCAGGUCAGACGUCGACUGGUCGUCCGAUCGAUGGCUUGCUCUGCCCGCCUGGUCCCGUCACCGCCGUCCUGCCUGGCAACAAUCGCCACGCUGGCUACACUGGCAUGUUCAACCUCCUCGACGUCCCGGCUCUUUGCUUCCCCGUCACCAAGGUCGACCCUUCUGUUGACCAGCCCGACCCGAACUUCAAGGCGCUCGACGAGGAAGACCAGCGCUUCCACGACGAAUACGAUGCGCAGCUUACGGCGGGCGUGCCCGCCGGCGUUCAACUCAUCGGACGUCGCUGGCAAGACGAGGAGCUGCUCGGCUUGGGCGAAAUCGUCUCCGACAUUAUCGGCAGCAAGCACUGGGCCGCCUAG